AGUGAACGCGAUACUAUGUCAGCUUGUGUUUGGCUUCUCUUCAGGAUUCGGAAAGUAUGGCAGAGAAGGAAGUGUGCCGUGAAGAAUGGAAUGCUGACCAUCUCUCAUGCCACAUCUAACAGGCAGCCAGCUAAGCUGAACCUUCUCACCUGCCAGGUGAAACCAAAUACCGAAGACAAGAAGUCUUUUGACUUGAUCUCACAUAAUAGGACGUAUCACUUUCAGGCAGAAGACGAACAGGAUUAUGUAGUGUGGAUAUCAGUAUUGAUGAAUAGCAAAGAGGAGGCCCUGACCAUGGCCUUCCGCGGAGAGCAGAGCACCGGGGAGAACAGCCUGGAAGACCUGACAAAAGCCAUCAUUGAGGAUGUCCAGCGGAUCCCUGGGAAUGACGUCUGCUGUGACUGUGGCUCAGCAGAGCCCACAUGGCUUUCAACAAACCUGGGUAUUUUGACCUGUAUAGAAUGUUCCGGGAUCCACAGAGAGAUGGGAGUUCACAUUUCUCGCAUUCAGUCUUUGGAGCUAGACAAAUUAGGAACUUCUGAACUCUUACUGGCCAAGAAUGUAGGAAACAACAGUUUCAAUGACAUUAUGGAAGCAAAUUUACCUAGCCCAUCACCAAAACCCACCCCUUCAAGUGACAUGACUGCACGGAAAGACUACAUCACUGCAAAGUACGUGGAUCAUAGGUUUUCUAGGAAAACCUGUUCAUCAGCAGCAGCUAAACUGAGUGAAUUGCUGGAGGCCAUCAGAUCCAGGGACUUACUUGCACUAAUCCAAGUCUAUGCAGAGGGGGUGGAGCUAACGGAACCACUACUGGAACCCGGGCAGGAGCCCGGGGAGACAGCCCUUCAUCUUGCAGUCCGAACUGCAGACCAGACGUCUCUCCAUUUGGUUGAUUUCCUCGUACAAAACUGUGGGAACCUGGAUAAGCAGACGGCUGUGGGAAACACAGCCCUCCACUACUGCAGCAUGUACGAUAAACCGGAGUGUCUGAAGCUACUGCUCAGGAGCAAACCCGCUUUGGAUGUUGUUAACCAGGCUGGAGAGACUACCCUCGACAUAGCAAAGAGACUAAAAGCCACUCAGUGUGAAGAUUUGCUUUCCCAGGCGAAAUCUGGAAACCUCAAUCCACGUGUCCACGUAGAAUAUGAAUGGAGCCUUCGACAGGAGGACAUGGAUGAGAGUGACGAUGACCUUGAUGACAAACCGAGCCCCAUCAAGAAAGAACGUUCACCAAGACCUCAGAGCUUCUGUCACUCCUCCAGCACUUCCCCCCAGGACAAGCUGUCCCUGCCAGGACUCGGCACUCCACGGGACAAACAGCGCCUGUCCUACGGCGCUUUCACCAACCAGAUCUUCGUCUCCACCAACACAGACUCACCCACAUCACCAACCUCAGAUGCGCCUCCGCUGCCUCCAAGAAACACUGGGAAAGGUAUGGGUUUUGAGAAGGGACCUGUGACUCCAGCCUCAAAGCUAGGAGUCUACCCAGCUGUGGGGGAGAAAUUGCAGGGUGCAUUAGAGUGGCAGAGGAUGGGAGGCAAUGCCCACCCAGCACCCCCAGCGAGACAGACAGUGUUGUGGGCGCUCCUUGUGCAUUCUCGUGUUCACCUCACGGCCGUCCCGUCAGGCAUGCGCUUUUUGUGCCCAUUUCACGGAUGAGGAGACUGAGGCUUGUGGAGGGAGAGUGACUUGCCCAAGGCCA